AUGGAGCUGCUCUGCUGCGAGGUGGAUCCCAUCAGGAGAGCUCUGCCCGACCCGAGCUUGCUCUACGACGACCGCGUCUUGCACAACUUGCUCACCAUAGAGGAGAGGUACCUGCCCCACUGCUCCUACUUCAAGUGCGUCCAGAAGGACAUCCAGCCCUUCAUGAGGAGGAUGGUGGCCACUUGGAUGCUGGAGGAAUGGGAGCUGGUGGUGCUGGGGAAGUUGAAGUGGAACCUUGCAGCCAUCACUCCGCAUGAUUUCAUUGAACACAUCCUAAGGAAGCUGCCUCUACCUAAAGACAAGUUGCUUUUGAUCCGGAAACAUGCACAAACAUUCAUUGCCCUUUGUGCCACAGAUUUUAAUUUUGCCAUGUACCCACCAUCAAUGAUAGCAACUGGAAGCGUGGGAGCAGCCAUCUGUGGCCUUCAGCUCAAUGAUGGGGACAGCCUCACAGACCUCCUGGCCAAGAUCACAAACACAGAUGUGGAUUGCCUUAAAGCUUGUCAAGAACAGAUCGAGGCGGUGCUAGUAACGAGCCUUAGGCAAGUCCAGCAGCAGCAGCAGCAAAGCAAUCCUAAGACCAUGGAUGAACUGGACCAGGCCAGCACUCCCACAGAUGUGAGAGAUAUCAACCUGUGA